AUGUCGGUAGACCGUGGAUUUACGUGGAUGGAUGAUGAAACUGUCGCUUUGAUUGACAUUUUUUCCAAAGAAGAAAUUCAGCUAGAAUUACUCGGAUCUAAACGUAACAUAACCGUAUAUGAGAGAAUAGCUACAGAGUUGUCUAAUGUAGGAUUUCGGAGAACUGCUUAUCAGUGUCGAGAGAAAAUUAAACGCUUAAGGAAGGAAUAUCAGGUAGCUAAAUACUGUGUGCAGAAUAAUAUUCCCCCGAAAAAACCAAUGAAACAUUUCGAUUUAGUGGAUAAAGUGUUAAAUCGGAAAACGGAGCCAAGUACCUGUGACAUCAGUUUAUUAAACUCUGAUCAGGAAGAUGAGUUCCAUUUCUCAUUCAAUCAUGAUCAAGAAUCAGAUGCAUCCAACAGCUGCACUGGCAUUGAAUCUUUACCUCAGCAAAUUAUUCUUCCUGGGCCAUCUUGUUCACCACUACUUGACGAAAUGGGUUCACCACCGAAUUUGCAUACAGAUAGCAAUGACACUUUGCUGAUGAAUGGGGAGCACAGUUUCGAUUGCUCUGACAAAGAUUCUGCUUUGGAAGAAUGCGAAUCUCCAUGGGUUCCAAAUGUUGUUUUAGUAGAAAAUGAUUUAGAGAAUGGGACACUGGAACAACCCUCUACGGAUCCUGACACAUUUGAAAGUCAAUUCAGUGAAGCUGAAAGACUUCCCGAUUUUCUUCAAGAACAUCAAAAAUCACCAGCUUUUGCAGAUUCAGAAACAGCUACAGGGAAAAGAAAAAAGACUGCAUCUGCUCGUAAAUUGCUACAGAAUGUUGUAGAUAAUGUGACUGAGAAUUUUCUUAAAUACCAAGAAAAUGCCGAGUCUCGAUUUUUAGAAAGGUUCACGCAGAUCGAGCAGGAAAGGAUGAGAAAAGAGGAAAGCAUGCAAAAGCUAUGGAUGGAGUUUGAAGAAAGGCGGAGGAAAGAAGAACAGGAACAUGAACUACGAAUGAUGUCUCUUUUUGGCCAAUUUUUAUGCCAAAUGAAUGAUAAAGAUAUUGCAAGAACAUAG